AUUUACAUACAUAUAUAUACACAAAUAUAUCUCUCUCUUCCUCCAAUGGAUUUUCCGAAACUCCCGCACUCUCUCUCCACCUCCUCCUCAACUCCACUAGCUUCCUCCGCCGUUAAACCUCACCGGAAAAACCUCCCUCCCCGAACUUACAUCCUCAUCAUCAUCGCCGUAUCCGCCAUUCUACUCCUCCUCUUAACCCUCAUUCUCUACGCCACCGUCUCCAAAUCCUCCCACAACAGUCACAACACACAACAACAACCUCCCCCUCCUCCAACCGCUCAGAUCCGCCUCGCGUGUAACGCCACGCGUUUCCCAGACCACUGCUUCUCCUCCCUCUCCAAACCGGGUCUGGUCCCGCAAGAUCCUAAACCGGUUCAGAUCAUCCACUCCGCGAUCUCAGUCUCCUACGAGAGUCUCAAGUCCGGCCAGUCUCAGAUCAAAUCUAUCCUAGACUCCUCCGCAGGGGAUAAAAACCGCACGAACAUCGCCACCAUAUGCCUAGAGAUACUCUCUUACUCCCAGCACCGCACGGAGUCGUCAGACAUCGCGGUCACGAGCGGGGGAAUCAAAGACGCACGUGCGUGGAUGAGCGCAGCUCUCGCUUACCAGUACGACUGCUGGUCAGGUCUCAAAACCGUCAACGGCACGAAGCAAGUCGUCGACACCAUCACGUUCCUCAACGAUCUCGUGAAACUCACCGGCGCCGCUUUGAGCAUGAUGGUGUCCUUCGAUAACUUCGGAGACGACGUCGUUUCGUGGAUCCAGCCAGCGACGGAACGAGACGGGUUUUGGGAGAAAACUGAACCGAGUUUGGGUCCGGUUAAGGAGGCUGGUUUGAGUUUUCCGUCCGGUUUAAAGGAAGACGUUACGGUGUGUAAAGACGGAGGGAAAGGGUGUGGUUAUAAGACGGUGCAGGAAGCCGUUGACGCAGCACCGGAAAGUAACGGAGACGUUAAGUUUGUGAUAGGGAUUAGAGAAGGCGUGUAUGAGGAAACCGUUAGGGUUCCGUUUGAGAAAAAGAACGUCGUCUUCAUCGGUGACGGGAUGGGCAAAACGGUAAUUACAGGGUCAUUGAAUGUAGGGCAACCAGGGAUGACAACGUACAACUCCGCAACUGUCGGAGUUCUUGGCGAUGGAUUCAUGGCUCGUGAUUUAACCAUAGAGAACACGGCAGGAGCAGACGCGCACCAAGCGGUUGCGUUUAGGUCAGACAGCGAUUUCUCAAUACUCGAAAACUGCGAGUUACUUGGGAACCAAGACACUCUUUACGCACACUCUCUACGCCAAUUCUACAAACAAUGUCGUAUCCAAGGCAACGUAGACUUCAUAUUCGGCAACUCAGCUGCCGUGUUCCAAGAUUGCGAUAUCUUAAUCGCGUCAAAACAUUCCAAACUAGGAGGAGGGGGCGCAAAUAACGUCAUCACAGCGCACGGGAGGAUCGACGCGGCGCAGUCCACAGGGUUCGUGUUCUCGAACUGUUCGGUUAACGGAACCGAGGAGUACAUGAAGGAGUUUCAAGCUAACCCUAAGGGGCAUAAGAACUACUUGGGGAGGCCGUGGAAGGAGUUUUCGAGGACAGUUUUUGUGAAUUGUGACCUUGAGUCUUUGGUUAGUCCUGAUGGAUGGAUGCCUUGGAGCGGGGAUUUCGCGCUGAAGACUUUGUAUUACGGUGAGUAUAUGAACACGGGUACGGGAUCGGUUAGGUCGAAGAGGGUUCCAUGGAGUAGUGAGAUACCUGAGAAGCAUGUUGAUGUUUACUCUAUAGCCAAUUUUAUUCAGGCUGAUGAAUGGCCUUCGAUGCCUGCUUGAUGUUGUAAAGGCGGUUUUAGGAAACUUACAUUCAACCAAAAUGGUAAUAAGUUAUUAUUGUCAAACAUG